AUGGCAGGCGACGAGAUCAAACCUCAGGCGCACCCUCCCCUGAAAAUCCCCCAAUCCAACGCUACCGUGGAAGUGUCCAUUAUCAAUACCACCACCGAUAUCGUCGUGCCGGCCAAAGCCUUUGUUGAACCCGUACAGAAUGGGCAUGAAUACAUGAAUAUGCCGACCUUCGCUUUCUUGAUUGAGAACAAGAAGUUGGGCAAAACCAUCAUGUUCGACCUUGGAUGCCGGAAGGACUGGUGGAACCAUUCCCCAGGCUCCUACGCCUCACUCAAGAACGGUAUACCCGGCCUCAACAUUCCAAAAAACGUCAACGAGAUUCUGCGCGAGGGUGGGGUGGACGACAAAAAGAUUGAUGCCGUCGUAUGGAGCCAUUGGCAUUGGGAUCACACGGGAGAUCUUUCUCUGUUUCCACACUCUACAGAUUUAUAUGUUGGCCCUGGAUUCAAGGAGAACUUCAUGCCAGGCUAUCCUACCAACAAGGACUGCCCAGUACUUGACAAGGACUUCAAGGGUCGCGCCGUCCACGAAGUCUCCUUCGACACCAAUGACAAAAUUGGCGCUUUUCCUUCCCAUGACCUCUUCGGAGACGGUAGCUUCUACAUCCUCGAUGUGCCAGGACAUGCUAUCGGACACAUUUCGGGCCUCGCGCGCACAACGUCCGAUACCUUCGUGUUCAUGGGUGGCGACAUCUGCCACUUCGGCGGCUCCUACAGGCCAACCGUCUAUGCGCCGAUGCCCGGCACCAUCCCGUCCUCUGUCCCCCUGGAUCGUCGUCUCCCUAGCCCUUGUCCAUGUUCAUUCUUUGCAGGUAGUCAUCAUGACCCUGAGAACCUGCGAACUUCAGCAUUCUACAAUGUAACGCAAGAGCCUGGAGGCUGGUACGUCGAUCCUCCAACUGCACAAAAGAGCGUGAAGCGCUUGGAGGUGUUUGAUGCGGAUGAGAAUGUUUUUGUUUGCGUGGCGCACGAUGGUGGGUUGAUUCCUGUUGUGGAUUGGUUUCCAAACGGAACGAUCAACGACUGGAAGAAGAAGGGGUGGAAAGAGAGGAGUCAGUGGGGAUUCUUGAACGAAUUGCCGGUCGAUGGACAGCCGGGGAGGCCGUGGAUUGCUCCUGGACUGGUGAAAGAGGGGAAGGUCAUGAGCAAGGAAGAAUUGUAG